AUGCUGGCGAUUUGUGAAGGAAAAGACAACGCGGUCGCCCUGGCCGAGCGGUAUGAAGUGAGACAGGCGUCUCAAGGCAGCAUCCUCGCGUAUGCGUUUGUCCCCGGCGCCCCACGCACCGCGUCAAGAAGAUACCGUUUGUUUUUGACCUUGUUUCUGACGUUGAUUGCGAUCGCGCCCACGAAUGCCUCUUUGACCUGGACAAAAUUGGCAUUGGAUCACCUCCUCGAGCGAUGGCACCAAACUCGCCGCGCAACCUGGACCGAGCGCGAGCCUGCCGGUGUGGGAGUUACGAAAACUUGGUAUGGCAUCACCUCCUCGAGCGAUGGCACCAAGCUCGCCGCGACUGUCGACGGCGGAAACAUCUGGACCUCCACUGAUUCUGGAGCGACGUGGACCUCCCGGGCAUCUUCAAAAAGUUGGUAUGGCAUCACCUCCUCGAGCGAUGGCACCAAGCUCGCCGCGGUUGUCUGGGGCGGAAACAUCUGGACCUCCACCGAUUCUGGAGCAAACUGGAUCUCCCGGGCAUCUAGAACAGACUGGCGUGCCAUCACCUCCUCGAGCGAUGGCACCAAGCUCGCCGCGACUCAGUGGAACGGAAACAUCUGGACCUCCACUGAUUAUGGAGUAACAUGGACCUCCCGGGCAUCUUCACAAAAAUGGUAUGGUCGCCUCGCCUCCUCGAGCGAUGGCACCAAGCUCGCCGCGACUGUCAGCGGCGGAAACAUCUGGACCUCCACUGAUUAUGGAGUAACAUGGACCGAGGACACGUCCGUGGGAGACACGAAAGACUGGCGUGGCAUCACCUCCUCGAGCGAUGGCACCAAGCUCGCCGUUGUUGUCGAAGGCGGAAACAUAUGGACCUCCACCGAUUCUGGAGCGACAUGGACCGAGGACACGUCCGUGGGAGACACGAAAGCCUGGCAUGACAUCACCUCCUCGAGCGAUGGCACCAAGCUCGCCGCGGUCGUCCAUCGCGGAAACAUAUGGACCUCCACCGAUUCUGGAUCGGGAUCGGCUUCACCGGCUUCAUCGGGAUCGCCACCUCCCGCUGAAGAAGAUGGGAAAACGUACCCGUGCGACGCCGACGGCUGGUGCAACCGCGAUUGGGUCGCGCUCGUUCUCCUCGGCGUCGCGCUCAUCUUCUGCGUCGCCGGGAAACGCCUCCACCGCCUCAACGUCUUCAUUCUCGCGGCCGCCAUCGGCUCCUUCGCCGGCCUCUGGAUCGCGGACACGUUCAACGUGGACGACUUCAACACGCGUUGGGGCAUCUGCAUCGGCCUCGCGGUCGCCAUCUCGCUGAUGGUGUACAUGAUCGAGUCCCUCGUCUUCUCCCUCCUCGGCGUCGCGACGUGCGCCGGCGGCGCGAUGGUCGUCUACUCCGCCCUCGCGGAGCACCUCCCGAGCUCCACGCCGGCGUACACCUUCCACCUCGUGAUCGGCGUCGCCGCGGCUGUCGGCUUCCUCCUGGGCGGCGUAUUGAAGAAGGCCGCUCUGACCGUCAUCUACAGGCGCGUUGACCGCUUCCCGCGCGACCCCGCGCGCGCCGCCGUCGGCGGGUUCCUCGUCGCGUCCGUCUCGUCCUAUUUCCUCUGGAAGAAGGACGAGGGCGAGGGCGACCUGUGGGUCGAGCACCUGACGUCGUCCGCGAAGACCAUCGACCUCGGCGAGUGGCAAGUGUGGCUCUCUCUCUCUCUCGGCGGCAUCGCGUGCCUCGCGGGCAUCGCGAUCCAAGGGCACCUCUGCGGCGGUCACAAGGGCGAGCACGGCUCCGCGGACGAGAAGACGCCGCUUCGGAGGAAGUAAGCGUGCUUGAAACGCUUCAAAUCUGUGCGUUUUUUUGUCGUGUCGUGUCGGGUGGCCCCCCGCGCGCGAUGCACGCCGUCGUCGCCCCCGCGCCGACGCCGCC